UAACUCAAUCGCUUUCAUCUUGAGGCUACGGUCUCUUCCCUCUUGAGGCUACGGUCUCGAUCUUUCUUUCAGUUUCACUCUACUUCUUCACCCGUUCGAUCAUGCCAGACACCGUUGAAUCGUCCGGCUCCGGCAAAAUCCCAACCCCACCUGCGUUGCACCCGGUGUAUACCGUCACUAACAUCCAGAACAAGGUUCGGAUAUUGGACGGCACGAAAGUUACUUACUCGUCUUGGGUGAAGCUAUUCCAAUUAAAUGCCCGUGGCUACAAGGUGCUCGACCACAUCGACGGCACCAAACCACCAGCUAAAGAUGACACAAACUAUGAUUUGUGGAUGGAGAUUGACGCAAUAGUUCUGCAGUGGAUUUAUGCCACACUCUCUGAUGAACUAUUGGUUCGUGUUCUUGAACAAGAAUCCACCGCGCUUGAGGCUUGGGUUCGCCUCAAGAACAUUUUUCUCAAUAACAAAGGAUCCCGCGCUGCUGCUCUUGACGAUGCCUUCACCAAUCUAACCCUGAAAUCCAUGCCCUCACUCCAAGCCUAUUGUCAAAAAUUAAGAGAACUCGCUGGUCAAUUGGCUGAUGUCGACUGCCCUGUCGAUGAGAAACGUCUUGUUAUGAAGCUGGUACGUGGCCUUCCUCCAGAGUAUGAUGUGGUUGCUGCUCAAUUGAAUCAGUUGUUACCUUCGUGGGAGGAUGCCGUCAACCUCCUUGACUCUGAAGAGAGACGCCAAAAGGCUCGGGAAAAUCCUUCAUUUGUUGCAGCUGCCACACACACCACGCCAUCUAACACAUCGGAUUCGCCUGCUCCUCACCGUGAAAACACCUACCGGGGCCAACCCAGAUCUGGUCAACAACGUCGCAACAAUGGGCCAAGGCCCAAUCGUGGCCCGACUUCCCAAAAUGGCCAGCAACGUCCUCCACAACCACGUAAUGGGCCAUGGACUUCCUCUUCUCAACAGUGGCCUCCGUACACUCCUUGGUGGGUCGGCCCAACUGGAUCACCUGCUGGUUGGGCUCCGCCACCCUGCCCAUACCCAACCCAAGCAGGUUGGGCCUCUCCUUGGCAGCAAGGCUUUCAACAACCAUCACCCAGGCCCAAUGGGAACCGGCCCGCUACUGGCUCAACUUCACGUACCUCACCUCAGGCCCAUAUCACAGAUUAUGAUCCUCUCCAGCCCACACAUAUCGCUGAAGCAUUUCAAGCAGUACCCACAGCCCAACCAACCGAGUUCGACCCCUUGCAGCCUACUGACAUUGGUGAGGCGUUUCAUGCAUUCACGAUGGACUCGGGUGACCCGAACUGGAUAAUGGACACGGGCGCAUCCAACCAUCUCCAUGCCGACUCAGGAUUACAAGACUGGGAAGAUGUUGACCCGUCACGACAGUGAAGGUCACCUUUAUCCUGUCACUGCUCCUGCUCAAGCUUCAACCUCAUGUUUACUUGCUGAUUCCACUCCCGAUUCGUGGCAUAAUCGACUAGGCCACCCGGGGAUUUCCGUCAUUAAUUCUCUUAUUUCAAAUAAAUUUGUUGCAUGUAAUAAAUCUAGUCGAACUCAGUUUUGCAAUUCUUGUCAACUUGCCAAACAUAAACGUUUACCCUUUUCAUUAUCAAAUUCUACUACUGUCUUACCA